CUUUGAACUCCGACGCCUCCGGCCCGGGGAGGGGGGGUGACGGGCCGCGGCCCUCAACACUCCGACUCGGCUCUGGAGGGGCGCCUUCCCGAAGAGGCUGCGCAGCCGGGGUGAGGACUCCCUCGGUGUGUCGGAACCCGCUGCAGCGCGGAGGUCGCGAGCCCGACAGAUGUGCCCCAAGCCGCGAAGGAGAGCGAGGUUCCCGCGUGGGACGUGGCCCGAAUACUGUGUGGGACGAUUGUCUAAAACUUCGGGCCGCUUCAGUGUUGUGACCAAGCUCACUGAGUGCCUGCGGGUACCGGUGGCCUUUCCAGGGCAGAGUUCCGAUGUCCGCGAGCCGGGGGCCCUGUAAAAACUCGGAUACGUCGUGCCGAGUGCCUGCCUUGGUGGAGCUGCUUCUAGGCUUUUUGCUGAUGCCUAGAGAAGAUGAUUUAUCCUGCUGGAGUGAACGGUGGAGUACGCUCGCCUGCAGGAAGACCGCAAGAAAUGCUUUACCCUUUGGAACAGAUACUUGCCAUGUUUAGAUAUUAGCGAGCGCAUAUGUAUAUGUUUGCAUUUGAAAAUGGCAGAGGGAAACAACAAUGAAGAGGUAAUUCACUUGAACAACUUCCACUGCCACCGGGGACAAGACUGGAUCAGUCUCAGAGAUGGACCCAUCACCAUAUCCGACUCCUCUGAUGAGGAAGGGGUUCCGAUGCUGGUCACCCCAGCUCCUCAGCAACACGAUGAAGAGGACCUGGAUGAUGAUGUCAUCCUGACAGAAACAAAUAAACCUCAGACCUCAAGACCCAAUCUCAUCAAACCAGCUGCUCAAUGGCAAGAUCUCAAAAGAUUGGGAGAAGAAGGGCCUAAAAAGCCUAGAGCAUCCUUUGAAUCAGAUAAGAAUGGCUAUUUUUCCGUGUGUAACAGCUCAUUGUUUGAUUCUGGGGCACAGGAUGAUUCUGAGGAUGACUACGGUGAAUUUCUAAGUCUUAGGCCUCCUGCAGUUUCUGAAUUUAUUAAGCCAAGUGGUCAAACAGAAGGAGAAUCCAAGCCUGGACCCAGUCAUAACCAAACAACAAGUGACAUUGUCAACCCCAGAUCAGAGCAGAAAAUUAUUAUCUUGGAAGAAGGUAAUCUUCUUUUUCCAGAAAGCGAUCCUUUGGACACUCAGAACCAGUCAUCUGAAGACUCAGAGACAGAGCUUUUAUCAAACCUGGGAGAAUCAACUGAUAUCCUAGAUGACCAGGCCAUCGAAGAAGACUGCUGGUUAGACCAUCCUUACUUCCAGUCUCUGAACCAACAGCCCCGUGAGAUAACAAACCAGGUUGUUCCUCAGGAGCGGCAACCUGAAGCAGAACUGGGCCCACUGUUGUAUCAGCGUGAGCCCCCAGGAUCAGCUUUUCCAAGACCAGCUUUUCCAAGACCAGAACCCCAGCAGGAUGGGAUUCCAGGCCCCUCUUCUCCUCAGCCUGCCCAUCCUCUGGGAGAGCUUGAAGACCAACAAUUAGCAAUAGAUGAUGAAGAGCCAGGUCCAGCCUUUCCGCUGCAAGGAUCUCAGGAGCCCAGUUUGGAAAACCUUUGGGGGCAAGAGUCGCCUGACAUGGAUCAAGAACUCAUUGCACUAUUAGUGAAAGAAACAGAAGUAAGAUUUCCAGAUGUAGCAAAUGGGUAUAUUGAGGAAAUAAUUCAUUUGAAGAAUUACUAUGAUUUGAAUGUACUUUGUAAUUUUCUUCUGGAAAAUCCAGAUUAUCCAAAGAGAGAAGAUAGAGUCAUUAUCGACCCCAGUAGCAGCCUGCUUUCCAGCCAAGAUGAGACCAAGAUGCCAAAAAUAGACUUUUUUGACUAUUCUAAAUUGACUCCUCUUGAUCAGCGCUGCUUCAUCCAAGCUGCUGACCUCCUGAUGGCCGACUUCAAAAUGCUCAGCAGUCAGGACAUCAAGUGGGCCCUGCAUGAGCUCAAAGGACACUAUGCAAUCACCCGAAAGGCCUUUUCUGACGCCAUUAAAAAAUGGCAGGAGCUAUCACCAGAAACCAGUGGAAAAAGAAAAAAGAGAAAAGAAAUGAAUCAGUAUUCCUACAUAGAUUUCAAAUUUGAACAAGGUGACAUAAAAAUAGAAAAGAGGAUGUUCUUUCUGGAAAAUAAGCGGCGACAUUGUAGGUCCUAUGACCGGCGUGCCCUCCUUCCAGCUGUGCAGCAAGAGCAGGAGUUCUAUGAACAGAAAGUCAAAGAGAUGGCAGAGCAUGAAGACUUUUUGCUUGCCCUGCAGAUGAAUGAAGAACAGUAUCAAAAGGAUGGCCAGCUGAUUGAGUGCCGCUGCUGCUAUGGGGAGUUUCCAUUCGAGGAGCUGACACAGUGUGCAGAUGCUCACUUGUUCUGCAAAGAGUGUCUCAUCAGAUAUGCCCAAGAGGCGGUCUUUGGAUCUGGAAAGUCAGAGCUCAGCUGCAUGGAAGGCAGCUGCACGUGCUCAUUCCCAGCAAGUGAGCUGGAGAAGGUGCUUCCCCAGACCAUCCUGUAUAAAUACUAUGAGCGGAAAGCAGAAGAAGAAGUUGCUGCAGCCUACGCUGAUGAGCUUGUCAGGUGCCCCUCCUGCAGCUUCCCUGCUCUGUUGGACAGUGAUGUGAAGAGGUUCAGUUGUCCCAAUCCUCGCUGCCGAAAGGAAACCUGUAGGAAGUGUCAGGGACUCUGGAAAGAGCACAAUGGUCUCACUUGUGAAGAGCUGGCUGAGAAAGAUGACAUCAAGUACCGAACAUCUAUCGAAGAAAAAAUGACUGCCGCCCGUAUUAGGAAAUGCCACAAGUGUGGGACCGGCCUCAUCAAAUCAGAAGGCUGCAACCGCAUGUCUUGCCGCUGCGGUGCCCAAAUGUGCUACCUCUGCCGAGUGUCUAUCAAUGGAUAUGACCAUUUCUGCCAGCAUCCUCGCUCACCGGGAGCCCCUUGCCAGGAGUGUUCAAGGUGCUCUCUCUGGACCGACCCCACUGAAGAUGAUGAGAAGCUGAUUGAGGAAAUCCAGAAGGAGGCUGAAGAGGAACAGAAAAGGAAGAAUGGAGAGAACACCUUCAAACGCAUUGGGCCCCCCUUGGAGAAGCCUCCAGAGAAAGUCCAGAGGAUCGAAGCCCUGCCAAGGCCCGUCCCACAGAACCUGCACCAGCCACAGAUCCCCCCCUACGCCUUUGUGCACCCACCCUUCCCCCUGCCUCCUGUCCGGCCCGUGUUCAACAACUUCCCACUCAACAUGGGCCCCAUCCCCGCACCCUAUGUGCCCCCUCUUCCCAACGUACGGGUCAACUACGACUUUGCCCCUGUCCACGUGCCCCUGGAGCACAACCUGCCUAUGCACUUUGGCCCCCAGCCACGGCAUCGCUUCUGACGCCUGGGCCCCGCCCCUUCCAGGAGCCCCACUGUGCAGCAUGUGCAGGGCCAAGGCUGGAUAGAUAAUCCUUUGCCCCCAGGGCUAAUGGCUGUGCCCAUGUUUCUAAGUAGGGAUUACGGACUUGGCUCUUGAAAGGAUAGCCUGGAUUUCUUCCUGGGAAGGGCUACUGCUCCCUGAAGAGCGACCAGCAGGCUGGUACCCCCUGGGUGCCAAUAAUGAGGUUUUUCUGGCUUCUGCUGGACCAGAGAUAUGGGGGCAGCCAAACCCUCUUUCUGAAUAAUUCUGUCUUAAUAGCCAGUGAGGUGGCUACAAGGUAGCCCGUCUCUGCCACUCACAUCCCUGCAGAAAGAGGAAGGGAAACGUUUGCGUCCAUCCCCUCCCCCGGCAGACACAGGAGUCUCAGUUUAAAACCACGUGAGCCUUCCUCACCGCAGCAGUCUGACCCAUAGUAAAGCUGAAGGAACAAGUAGUGCAGUUUGGAGAGAGCUGGGAGGCCGGAACCAUACUCUGAAGGCCUGCUUUUUCUGCCCACCUCCCACCUCUGAGGCCCACCUAGAGUGAGGUGUGCCCUGCUCCCCUGAGCCAGUUGGUCCAAGUGAAGAGGUGGCAGAGCGAUGUCCAUGGGCCUGGGAGCACCACUCAGGGUGGGGAGGCUGCAGACCAUGUCCCCGUGUCCAGGACCCAGGCCACCACUGCAGUGAUUGUCAGGGGUCUCUGACCCUCUCUCUUCACCAUCUCAGACGAGACUGCAGAGAGCCAUCUCAUACAGUGGGAUGUUUGUAUACAGUUUAUCUAAAGAAAUGUUUGCUGUUUACUCACUUUGAACUUACCCAGUUUUCUGUGGCCUGCUAGAGUUUCUCUCCCUCAGUCUCUGGAAAAUCGAAGAAGUCUGUUACCCCUUUCCUGGCAGCUGAUGAGGGUAGGAUGGUCCUGAAACUUUUGCCAAACAUAAGAUCCUUUUGAGGUAGCUGUGACAGAGGCCUGGUGGCUCUCCCAGGGAGCCACAUUUGCCACCACCCAGAUAAGGAACAGGUUCUCCCCUAAGGUAUGGUGGGGACACCAGCUUUCCCCAGGGGAUGAAUGACCCCGAUGGCACUCAGCAGCUGCCCUUCCCUGAGGUUCAGAUGAGUCUAGCUGUGGGUUUGCUUGGGAGUCCGUGCCCCAUUCCCACUUGCUUUUUGCUGUCUGUCCCCAGGUGGGUGUUUGAGUGUCACCCCAUCGCCCACUUUGCAGUGCUUUACUGCAGCCCAUGUGCAGAGCAGAGGCCUCAGUAGGGGUGAGCCUGCCCCAGCUCCCUCGGUUGGCCUCUGUUCCUGUUGGUAAAGCUUGAUGGCUGUGGGGUUUCCAGAAGUUCAUGCACACAGACCUCAGAGAGGAGGGGGCCGCUGCCCAGCACCAGGCAUCACCGUGUCUGGUCCCAGCUGCUGUCAGCUUCUCAGAUGUUUCUCAGAGAUUAAAGUGGAGGAGCAAAAUGCUAAGUUGCCCAUUCUUGCUGUCUUUCCUCUGGGCUUGGGCUCUGCAGAUAGGUGGCCCCGGACUUGGGCUGGGGGUGCAUGGGGAGAGACUGCAGUCUCCAUUGCCAGGAGCCUCUGCCCAUCGGUCUCCCUGACCCUGGCUGGUGGCCUGAGUGGAGGUGCCUCAGGAGAGGCCUGCCCAGUACCCUGAGGGCCUAGCAGCAGGGUUUCCUCAAGUAUCUUAAAGGCAUGUUCCCCCUGCUCCCCGAAGGGAAGAUGUCUGAGAGCUGUGAACCACCAGCAGAUAUCCCACCACAUGGGGAGAGGAACACUAGGUGCUGUCCGCUUGCGCGCUGGUGACAGCGCUCACCCAGCCCCCCAGAGCCUUCAGGGCCCGUCCAGCGAAGGACCAGGAACUGCUGCAGGUGGCUGUCCCAUGCCCCUGACACUGCGGUCCAGUGACUGCCCGAGAGCCUGGCGUAUGCGGGGUCCCCCGGCACAGGAGCGGGACCGGAGUAGUGACUCUCCUAAGGCCAAAAUGAAGAUUUGUCCUUGAGGUGAGUUCUGGCUGUUUUUAGCCACCUAAUGCAGCUUGGGGACCACUCCUGCCUCUGAGCCAAGGGCACUUCAUUUCUCAUGUUCCUGCCUGAGCUGGGCUGUGCAGUGGCCUGAAGGUCUGCGUAGCGCAGUCACUGUUUUGCCCCAAGUUCUGACCCUAGCAUGAGCCCCCGCAUGUCUGCAAAGUGACCCUGUAGGUGCCUCAAUGUCCCAGGGGCAGGGCCUGGAUCCCAGACUCCUGGGGAAGCAAACCGUGCUAGUGGUGGGGUUGAGGGGGAGAGGGCUGUCAUCCGCUGACAAGCCAACAACCUGCAGAGAUAAGCCCCUGUCGGGGAGAGAGCAAUCCCAGAGGCAUCCUGGCACCUUCUGCUCUAUGGUCUUGCUCCCCGGAGUGAGAGACUGCCCAGCAACAGUCCCGUUCUACUUGCCUUAAAACUGGAGAGGAAUCUGGUAUUUGCACUUAGCAAAACAUUUUAAAACUUAAAAAAAAAAUGUGCAUGACCUGUCACUUUAUAAAAAAAAAAUAGCAAAAUGAUUAGUUUAUAUUUUUUUCUUUACCUUCUGGUAGUAAAAAUACACAAAAUAAUUCCGUUUAAACUACUGUGUGUAAAAAGCCUGUAUCAUAUGUAACUUGGGUUUUUUUGUAAAUAAAUGUUUGUGCAGUCUG